CACACACGUCACGUCAUGGACCGAAUGGACGAGGCCGUAAAGUACCUAGAAUACUACGGCUACUUGAAAAAGACUUUGGGCACAAGACCGGAAGAGGAAGUGAAGAAGGCCAUUGAGAAGUUUCAGACGGUUGUUGGUCUUCCAGUAAAUGGUGAGCUAGACGACGCCACGUUCCAGAAGAUGACGAAGGCGCGGUGCCUGCGGUCCGACCCGGCAGCCAUGACGGACCCGGCCGCCCCCAUCGUCGGGAGGAUCGCGCGCUACCGCCUCAAGUGGAACAAGAGGAAACUCACCUACAGAAUCAAGAAUUACACGCCCGACCUACCCGAGGAAGAGGUGGACGACGCUGUCAGGAGGGGGCUACAGGUGUGGUCCAACGUCACACCCCUGGUGUUCGAAAAGACGUCGGCUUACUCCGACAUCGAGAUGUCGUUCGAAAAGUACGGGCACGGCGAUGAGGACCCGCUGGACGGGCCGGGUGGGACCCUGGCACACGCCUUCUUCCCCGGGCCCGGGAUCGGCGGGGACGUGCACUUCGACGACUCCGAGACCUGGACCGUGCGCUCUUUCAGAGGCACAAACCUGUUCAUUGUAGCGGCGCACGAGCUAGGACACAGUCUGGGACUGGACCAUUCCGACGUGCGGGGGUCCCUCAUGUUUCCCAUCUACCAGGGAUACACGCCCAACUUCAAACUACACAAGGACGACAUCAAGAGGAUUCAGAAUCUUUAUGGUACGGACAUGUUUCUUGUAUCAUGGAUUGUUCAAGAUAUGGUGGUUCAAGACACAGUUGUUCACCUUGCUGGAAACCCGAAAACCCGGACGAGUCAGGAUGCAACUGCUGCAUUCUUUAGAAAGCCGAAAGAGGGCGUUCGACGUUUUGUAGUGCUGUCGUAA